UGGCAGCUUGCAACUCCAACAAACAACUGUUUGAAGUUGCGAUUCCCUCAUUGACUCACGAGCAUCCCUUUCCACUCUUUUACUUUUCCACAUAUCGACCACCUUCACACAAACAUAAGAAUGGACCUCGACACGCCCCCAGCCGCCGCCGACGCUGAGGCAGUCACGAGCAACUCCUCGGAGACGAUCCCCGUCGACCCCGUCGACCCCAACGACCCGGACCCCAUCGUGUCGUCGUACGCCGUGUUCACAAACCCGCCGCCCACGAGCACGCGCAAGAUCCUGAUCCUGCAGCACCCCAACAAGCAGGGCCCCCAGAGGGACGCCUACGGCACGCUGGCCGAGGUGCGCGUCAAGCCCUCCUCGGGCAUGAUCGAGGUCGACGUGCCCCUCAGCUACCACGACGGCUCCUACGACCGCGACAAGGGCAUGCGCUGGGGCCAGUCCCUGCACCGCUCCAUGCACCAGAAGAACGGCGGCUCACACGGCCUCGCCGGCGGCUUCGGAGUGGGCGUGCCCGCCCCCCGCGCCGCCAGGGGAGGUGGUCCCAGGAAGGAGGAGGACCGCGAUACCUACGACUGGACCGAGGCCGUGCGGCGCGACCAGGUGCUCCGCACGCAGACCCUGGGCGGCCAGUACGUCGGCCGCAACGCCGCCGAGUUCGGCGACAACGAGUGCCGGUGGAUGGUCGGCGUCUUCAAGGGCGGCAACCUACACCUGACCCCCGCGCAGUCCGAGAUCCAGCUGAGACCCCAGCUGCACCACCUGGACGCCACGACGGAGCAGGAGCGGCUCACGCGCCCGCGUGAGGGGCCUGGCGGCGGCGGACCCGGUGGCAUGGGAGGCAACGGACCGGCAGCACCUGCGGGGCCCGCGCCCGCGCCCAAGGCCAUCACCAUGACGAUCAAGUCGACGGGUGGCGGCGGCGAGGUGCAGGUGGAGACCAUGGCGGACCGGCUACGGCAGGUGCAGGUGGAGCACUGGCAGAGGCUCAAGUAUGUCGAGGACGACAGGGACGAGGCCUGGGAGCUGUACCAGAAGACGCUCAUCUACCGGUCUCCCGAGUUCCAGCAGGACCUCAAGGGCAAGGGCAAGGCCGCCGACGUGAAGCUAGACGAGGACGAGAAGCAGGACCUUCAGGCCAAGGCCACGCGGCUCCAGACGCGCUGGCACGAGGACGACUACCUGCGCGGCGUCGCGGGCAAGGACAAGGAGGGCGUCCUGGAGGGGUACGGAAACACGGCACUGCCCGGCAUCAAGCCCGGGGACGUGGUCGAGGAGGUCAAGAAGGAGGAUCCUGAUGGCAAGAAGUCCGCGGCGGCCGCAACAGCCAGGGGCAGAGGCAAGGCGACUGCCGGUGCUGUCGCUACUGCAAGUGGUAGCGGCACGACAGCUGCGAGGAGAGCUCCUGCCGCCAAGGGAAAGACGCCCGCCAAGUCCGUCAUGGAGAUUGACUAAGUAGGGGCAGACGCGUGUUCCUUCAGGCACUCUUCUUGACUUUGUUUGGAGGUCGAUUUCAUGGCGAAUACCACUGUUGCGCCUCACUCGGUUAUGGCAUUGACGGUUUCGGAGUUGUUGACCCAGGCUUGGGGUUAGUUGUUAGAGAACAGGUUGCAUUGCUAGGCGUUCACAUACUGCACCAAGAUAGGCGUUUCGAAGGCAAGCAUUAGGUUGUCUGAAAAGGAAGCAUUGUUCAUGCGCUCUCACGCCGCUUUUCAUCAUUUUUCUGUCUGAAAUUGACUGCUA